AUGUCUGAAUUCAAAUCAACAACUGUUCCAACAACAGCUUUUAAAGACCAAAAACCUGGUACCUCAGGUUUACGUAAAAAAGUUACUGUUUUCAAACAACCAAACUAUACAGAAAACUUCAUUCAAGCCAUUUUAGAUUCAAUCCCAGAAGGUAAACAAGAUUCAACUUUGGUUGUUGGUGGUGAUGGUCGUUAUUACAAUGAUCAUGUUAUCCAAUUGAUUGCUGCUAUUUCUGCCGCCAAUGGAGUUUCCAAAUUAAUUAUUGGUCAAAAUGGUUUAUUAUCAACCCCAGCUACUUCUCAUGUCAUUAGAACCCACCCAGGUAAAAUCACUGGUGGUAUCAUCUUAACUGCUUCCCAUAAUCCAGGUGGACCAGAAAACGAUUUAGGUAUAAAAUAUAACUUAGCAAAUGGUGGUCCAGCCCCUGAAUCUGUUACCAAUGCUAUGUUUGCUAGAUCAUUAGAAUUACAAAAUUAUCAAAUCAUUCAAGACUUUCCAAAGGUUGAUUUAUCAACAAUUGGCGAAACCAAAGUUGGUCCUUUAACUAUUGAAAUCAUUGAUCCAACUCAAGCUUAUGUUAAAUUUUUGAAAGAAAUUUUUGAUUUUGAUUUGAUUAAAAAAUUCAUUGAAGCUCAAAAACCAAAAGGUUUCAAAGUUUUAUUUGAUGCUUUGAAUGGUAUUACUGGUCCAUAUGGUAAAGCUAUCUUCAUUGAUGAAUUAGGAUUACCAUUAGAAUCUAUUCAAAACUACGUUCCAAAAGAAGAUUUUGGUGGAUUACAUCCAGAUCCAAACUUAACUUAUGCAAGAACUUUAGUUGAUAGAGUUGAUAAUGAAAACAUUGCCUUUGGUGCUGCUUCUGAUGGUGAUGGUGAUAGAAAUAUGAUUUACGGUUCAGGCCCAGCUUUUGUUUCACCAGGUGAUUCAGUCGCUAUUAUUGCCGAAUAUGCUGAUUUCAUUCCUUAUUUCAAAAAACAAGGUGUUUACGGUUUAGCCAGAUCAAUGCCAACAUCUGCUGCUUUAGAUCUUGUUGCUAAAGAUAAAGGUUUAGAAAUUUAUGAAGUCCCAACUGGUUGGAAAUUCUUCUGUGCUUUAUUUGAUGCUAAAAAAUUAUCAAUCUGUGGUGAAGAAAGUUUCGGUACAGGAUCAAACCAUGUAAGAGAAAAAGAUGGUUUAUGGGCCAUUGUUGCUUGGUUAAACGUUUUAGCCGGUUACAGUGAAUUACAUCCAAAUGAUGAUGUUUCAAUUAAAAUCGUCCAACAAAAAUUCUGGGAAAAAUAUGGUCGUAUUUUCUUCACUAGAUUUGAUUUUGAAAAUGUUGAAAGUGACGGUGCUAAUAAAUUAGUUAAAAAAUUUGGUGAGUUUGCUACAUCAAAAGAAACUAUUGGUUCAACUAUAUAUGGUGAUGUGAAAGUUACAGAAGCUGGUGAUUUCAGCUAUACCGAUUUGGAUGGAUCAGUCUCUAAAAACCAAGGUUUAUUCGCUAAACUAUCAAAUGGUUUAAGAAUUGUUGUUAGAUUGUCAGGUACAGGUUCUGCAGGUGCUACUAUUAGAUUAUAUUUAGAAAAGUUCUCAAACGAUUCAUCAUUAUAUGAAAAGGAUGCUACUGAAUUUUUAAAAGAUGACAUCGAACAAGUUACUAAAUUUUUACAAUUCAAAGAAUUCGUUGGUAAAGAUAAACCAGAUGUUAUCACUUAG